GGCGUCCGCUCUGGAGGUCGGACGGGAGUAAGAUGGCGGUUCAGUUGUGCCCUGGCGUCCAUCUGAGCUGCUAGGCCUGUGACACAGCGCUUCGGCUUUCCCCUCAUUUUUCUGUUCUAUCUUUGUUUAUUUACCGUUUUUGCGCCACUAAAAUGGAGAUGAAAAAGAGGAUUACCGAAGAGCUGGGUGGCAGGAAACCUGCAGAGGUGGUAGAGCUGCUCCUGGACAGCUGUCUCUCUGCAGAUGGUGAGUUGGAUGGUCUGAGUGACGACUUUUCAGCUCUGGAGGUCCUGAGUCUGUGCAACACUGGCCUCAAAAGCCUGAGCAAGAUGCCCUCCCUGCCCAAGCUCAAGCGGUUGGAGCUCAGUGAUAACGCGCUGUCUUCGGGGUUGGAGGUUUUGGCUGAGAAGUGUCCUGCUCUGACCUACCUGAACCUGAGCGGCAACAGCAUCAAGGACCUGAGUACCAUCAAGGGGCUGCAGAAGCUCCCUGCACUUCAGUCUCUCGACCUGGAGGAGGAUGAGGAAGAUGAAGAGUCGUGGAGAGAGAAAGUCUUUGAGCUGCUGCCUCAGAUCUGCUUCUUAAACGGCUUUGACCAGGACCACAACCAGGCUCCAGAUGACGAUGACGAUGAUGAAGCUGGUCCCCAUGAUGAUGAUGAUGAUGACGAUGACGAUGAGGACGAAGAUGAGGACGAAGGCUCAGAGGACGAAGAGGUCGGACUGUCCUACCUCAUGAGGGAGGGCAUCCAGGAUGAGGAGGAUGAUGGGGAUUACGUGGAGGAGGAAGAGGAGGAGGAAGAUGGAGAUGAGGAUGCACUCCGAGGCGAGAAGAGGAAGAGAGACGCCGAAGAUGACGACGAUGAUGAUGAGUGACCCCGCCCUCAGCCAAUCAGAGCCCAGGAACCCAAUCCCCUCAGCCAGCUAGAGGAACCAGGAACCCAACCACCCUCAUCCAAUCAGAGCCAGGCCCCACAUGGAUCCACGUUCCAGAAUGCACUGCUCUCUCUGUACAGUCUGGAGUUCUGACUUUAAAUAUAAAAGCUCACAGCGCCCUCCACUGUCCACCUGAACACUGAGAUCACUUUGGGUUGCUUUAGACUUUAGACUGAUCUGUUCUAAUGUUUCCUCAUCACAAACGGACCUGGAGUUGUGUUUUGUUUCAUUUACACAUGUUUAACACACAAACCUGGGGCGACAGUGGCUCAGUGGUUAGAGUGUUGGUCCCCCCCAAGACACUUCACCCACAUUGCCUAGUAUGAAAGUGGUGUGUGCGUGCGAAUGAUAGUUGGUGGUUGGAGGGGUCGAUGGCGCAGAUUGGCAGCCUCGCUUCCGUCAGUCUGCCCCAGGGCAGCUGUGGCUACAAUAGUAGCUUACCAUCACCAAGUGUGGAAAUAAAUGAAUAAUGACUAUAGUGUAGCGCUUUGAGAGGCUUUGAAAAGCGCAUUACAAGUGUAAGCCAUUAUUAUUAAACCCUGCAUAAUUAGGGUGAGCUCUUCUCUCAAUCAGAAAACACCCUGUUCCACCUUGUGAUGUCAUGUGGUAAUACAGGAAGUGCUCCACUGUAUUUUUAAACUCCAGACACCUUCACUAGAAUCAUUUGGAUGAUGUCAGCCCUGGAAUUGCCAAUCUCUACUGAACCUUGUGAUGUCAUGAAGUUUUCAAGGCAGAGCAUUUUGAGCUUUGGAGGUAUAGACAGACUAAUAAUAAAGUUACUCAAACAUGUGUGAAUGAAACAAACACAACAGGUAUAAUUUUGAGGUGGUAACAUAACAUGGCUUAAUGGUCACAAGAGUCAGUUUUGUGUAAUACAGGACCUUUAAAGCCAGAUUAGGGUUAGGCAAAAUGAUACAGUGCACAGAGGAUAAACCCCGCCCCCACAGACAGUGAUUGACAGGCGUCUCACCUGCACUGGGACAACCACACUAUCUGAACAGGGGAACAUGGGGAAAACCCUGCAAAAGAGAAACAGUUCGAAACCAGGCGACUAAACCAAACAUCUCCAUCAGUCUUGCAUCUGCUCUACACCUCUUGUCUUUAACUAACUGGCUGUCGACCUUGCCAUUAAAAAACAAACUGAUCCCUGACCAAUAGAUAUGAAUGAAUCGCCAUUCAAAUGUGAUCAGUCGCCUCUCCCUAAAACAAAUCUGGAUUUUCUUACAGUAGACAACGCUUCAAGAGGCAAAUAAAGUCAUCUCACUUAUCUGUGGUUGGUUAAAUCCACCUGUCACUCAUCCAGAACCUGACGAGCCUGACCAAUAGGAAGAGUGACUUUGACCAUAAAGCCAACAGAAAAUGAAACGGGUGAAUCAAGAUAUUUCACCAAAAUAGCAGAGAUGAAUAUGGAGAUAAAAUGGCUAAGUCACUGUAAUGUAAGAACUCACUUUGAUUUGACCAUUUCCAUGGUUAUGUGCACACAAAAAUCUGAUUCAUCUGAUUUGUAGACCGUUUUAAAAUGACUUGAUCAUGUAAACUUAGUAAACAGAGGGGUGAUGGUCAGAUGAGGUUUAGAUUUCUUAAAAAAACAACUUUUAUCUCAAAAAAUCUGUCAAUUUGAUUUUUGAGUGCCGUAGUGACGCAAGAGGUUUGAGUUCAUAUUUAGACUUGUUUUACUCUAGAGGGCGCUGUGGGUUGUGUUAUAAAAGAUCAGGGAAAACAUGCUUCAGGAGAGCUUCAGACUAGGGAUGGGCCACAUAUUGGUAUCGGCCGAUGUCGAUACUCGAUACCAGUAUCUCUUGGACUCUUUUUCCUUCUCUCUGUGUGCCCUUUUUGAACAGACUCAUGAGGAACAAUGGACAUAGAAGAGAGUUACACAAACAUUUUAUAUCCCAUUUUGUUAUUUUUACAAAAGUGAAAAGUUUAUCUUAAGCUUAAGAUUUUAAAAGUGAAAUAAUGAUUAUCGGCCACACCAGCAGGCUUAAUAUCGGAUAUUGAAAAAUCCAUAUCGGCCCAUCCCUACAUCAGUCCAGCUUCAGUCCAGAGCCGUUCAAACCCUUUAAGCCCAGUGUCCUCCCAGGAGAAUGCCCCCUGGAGUCCAGUUUCUUCAUGUUUCACCUCCAGUUGACCCACCCACAGAAGCAUUUUUGGACUACCAUGUUUUUAAAGUUUAUAAAAUGUGCAGUUCUCAAAAUCAGGUCUGACGACUGUCCAACAUUUCCCACAAUCCCCCUCUUACCCUGCCGGCGUGUGGCUCAAUGGCGCCCCCUCUUUGUAAAUAGAUCUGUGUGCAUCUGUAGUUUGUGUCGUGUUUUUACUAUUUUAUUUUUUUUAUUCCCGUGUGAUGUCAUCAGAGUUUUGGAAUAAAAAUGACUGGAUUCUA